AUGGACAAGCUCCCAUGUGCCUUUGCUUGCAAUGGCGCCAUCAGCAACAACGCACUCUCAUGUUCAUCAAUGAUGGAGAUGGAAGGCAUGGAUGAUAUGCCAGCCACGACGCCCGAGUGUCGAGCCAAUGAUACGUCGUUCCUAACCACGCUGGCGUGGUGUUUCAAAUCAAAGUGCGCCGAGUUCAACGUUCCUGUCUCUAAGCUGCAAAAGUUCUGGGAAGAAGAAGCUACAGGCGAACCGACGGCGCCACCCAAAUGGAGCUACCCUGCGGCGCUGCAAAGUAUCCAGGAAGCACCAACGAAGAUCCUCACGAUGCAUGACAGUCUCAAUCUAACAGUGUUGACGUCGGAAGAGGAUUGGGAUGUGCAGUUCAAAAUCCUUUCAUACUUCGAGCGGGAAGAGGUCAUCCAUGCGAGAUAUGGCAUCACGGACAAGGUUAGGCCGUACAUCGCUUGGCAAAGUCUCAUCGGUACAUAUCGAGUCCGUCCUCUUGAAUAUUUGAUUGGAAUCACACCGUCGAUCGGCCAUGCUUCCUACAUUGCCUUCAUGAUCAUACUGAACGUUAUCCUCACUGCAGUCAACUACAAAUCGGCACAGCCAACCGGAUGGUUCUCGAGCCAAUACCAGAAAAUACUCGAGUAUAUCAUAAUCCGAACGGGCACGCUGGGUUUUGCAUUGGCACCGCUGGUCAUUCUGUUCGCUGGCCGCAACAACGUGCUCCUUUGGCUGAGCAACUGGUCUCACUCCACCUUCAUGCUGUUGCACCGCUGGAUCGCCCGCAUCUUCGGGCUCCAGGCCAUCAUCCAUUCCAUCACAGCAUUGGCUCUCUAUGUCAACAAUGGGACAGACUCGGAAGAGCUGAGCCUUCCUUAUUGGAUCUGGGGUUGCGUCGCCACAGUGGCAGUCGUCAUUAUGUUGGUGGCUAGCAACCUCUACCGCAAAUUCGGCUACGAAAUGUGGCUGUACGCAGCAUGUGCAGUCUGGUUCUUUGACAGGAUGAUGAUGCACAUGCUGCGUGUGCUCAAGAACGGCAUGCGCCGAUUCAAUAUUGUCAACAUUGAUGACGAUGUGGUUCGAGUGGACAUUCAUGGUAUUCGGUGGGCUGCGGGGCCGGGGCAGCAUGUCUAUGUAUACUUUCCCACGCUCAACCGACUCCGAUCCUGGGAGAACCACCCCUUCUCCGUCAUCCCGACAGCCAUGUUGUACGGGAAAGCACGGCAAUCUGCAGCCAGUGCAUCACCCACAGGUUCAAGCAACGACGUCGAGAAGAACGAGCGAGCAGAUGUCAGAAUACGUCCAGUCACUGACGGGAACAACGCUGGUUUGACGCUAUUCAUACGGAAGUCAACUGGGCUGACGGAAGCCUUGACGACAAAUGACAACGUUCUCACCCUCCUAGACGGACCAUAUCCAAACAGUUCGAACAUCACCGCAAUUCAGUGCGACCGACUGCUUUUGAUCGGCGGCGGAAUCGGUAUCACUGCUCUCGUUCCGUGGAUUGCUAGACAUUCAAACGUCAAGUUAUCGUGGAGUGUCCAAGACUCUGCAAAGGGUCUUGUGCACGGCUGA